AAAAACUUCAAGGUGAUAGUUACUAUACUACUAUAAAUAUUUGUAUUGGCCGUCACAAGUCUCAACAAUGUGAUUUCCCUUCUCUCUUUCUCUCUCCUCUCUAAUCUCAGCGCUCUUUCACUCAUCUUCUUCUACCAAACAUUUUGCAACUGUUUAAACAACCUUUAUUUUCCCAGAAACUGUAACUAAUUAAAGUAACGUGCAUUUUUCGCCAUUUUUAAGUUAUCAAGAAAAAACAGAGGAGGUGAAAAAACACCAUUUAAUAUAACCCAGAAAAAAAAGUGUUGAUUUUUGAAGAGAAGAGAGAAAAGAUGAAGUAUGUUCUUGUUACUGGAGGUGUUGUGAGUGGAUUAGGAAAAGGGGUUACUGCAAGUAGUAUUGGUGUUCUUCUUAAAGCUUGUGGUCUUCGUGUUACUUCCAUUAAAAUUGAUCCUUACUUGAAUACAGAUGCUGGAACUAUGUCACCCUUUGAACAUGGUGAAGUGUUUGUUUUGGAUGAUGGAGGCGAGGUGGACCUAGAUCUUGGUAACUACGAGAGAUUCUUAGACAUCAAGCUGACCCGCGAUAAUAAUAUCACAACCGGAAAAAUAUACCAGUCUGUCAUUGACAAGGAGAGAAGGGGAGAUUAUUUGGGAAAAACUGUCCAGGUUGUCCCGCACAUUACAGAUGAAAUUCAAGCACGGAUAGAACGUGUAGCACAUACACCGGUUGAUGGGCAGGAGGGCCCUCCUGAUGUUUGUGUUAUUGAAUUGGGGGGAACUAUAGGGGACAUUGAGUCUAUGCCGUUCAUUGAAGCUCUUGGACAAUUCUCUUAUCGUGUUGGUCCUGGAAACUUUUGCCUAAUUCAUGUUAGUCUUGUACCGGUGCUAAAUGUUGUUGGGGAACAGAAGACAAAGCCAACACAGCAUAGUGUUAGGGGACUGCGAGGCCUGGGUUUAACUCCAGAUAUUUUAGCUUGUCGCAGCACAUUGCCUCUUGAUGAAAAUGUGAAGGCGAAGCUCUCACAGUUUUGCCAUGUUCCGGGUGAGAAUAUUAUAACUCUAUUUGAUGUUCCCAACAUCUGGCACAUUCCUUUGCUUCUUAGAGACCAAAAGGCUCAUGAAGCUAUAUUGAAAGUGCUCAAUCUUUAUGGGGUCGCAAAGGAGCCCGUGCUAGAUGAAUGGACUAGGAGAGCUCAACUUUGUGCCAUGUUGUAUGAGCCUGUGAGGAUUGCCAUGGUUGGAAAGUACACGGGACUUUCAGAUUCCUAUCUAUCUGUACUAAAGGCUCUCUUGCACGCUUCAGUUGCAUGUCAUCGUAAACUUGUUCUUGACUGGGUUCCAGCUAGUGACCUUGAAGUAUCAACCAAGGAAGAGAACCCUGAAAGCUACAAAGCUGCAUGGAAUUUGCUUAAGGGUGCAGAUGGUGUUCUAGUUCCUGGAGGAUUUGGCGAUAGAGGUGUUGAAGGGAAAAUUCUUGCUGCGAAGUAUGCCAGAGAAAAUAAAAUUCCAUAUCUUGGCAUUUGUCUGGGAAUGCAAAUGGCUGUUGUUGAGUUUGCUCGGUCUGUUCUAGGAAUCCAUGAUGCAAACAGCACAGAAUUUGACUCAGAAACCAAAAAGACCAAGAACCCCUUCGUUAUAUUUAUGCCAGAGGGAUCAAAAACUCAUAUGGGUGCCACCAUGCGUCUUGGUUCGAGGAGGACUUAUUUCCAAGACAAGGACUGCAAGAGUGCAAAGCUAUAUGGCAAUGCAAGCUUUGUUGAUGAGAGGCAUCGGCAUAGAUAUGAGGUAAACCCUGAUAUGAUUGCUCAGCUAGAGAGUUUUGGCAUGUCAUUCACUGGAAAGGAUGAAAGUGGCGAGCGAAUGGAGAUAAUUGAGCUGCCUGAUCAUCCCUUUUAUGUUGGGGCUCAAUUUCAUCCUGAGUUCAAGUCAAGACCAGGAAAUCCUUCUCCUCUGUUUGUAGGUCUAAUAGCUGCAGCAACCGGACAAUUGGAUGCUGUUUUGGACAACCCUAGUAUUGUACAUGAUAUGCUGCAAAAAGAUAAGCCAAAGUGUAGUGGAGCCACGCCACCAAAAUCUCAACUUUGCAAACCCAAGGACCUACCUAACGGGCCUGUGAAUGGCAUUCACAAGCAGCCUAGUAAUGGAUUUGUUAACAUGACACACAAAAACCAUGGCAAUGGCUCCUUAAACAGUGAACACAAAGAGCAGCAUGCUAAUGGUGCAUCGAAUGGCAUUCAUCCAGGAUAUGCUAAUGGAGCGAUAAAUGGUGGUCAUCGAAAACAUGUUAAUGGUUCCACGAAUGGUAUCUAUAUGGAACAUACAAAUGGAUUGACAAAUGGUGUUCAUCCACCACAUGGUAAUGGUUCGAUCAAUGGUGUUUAUCCAGAAUAUAGUAGUCAUGGCUCACUUAAUGGUGUUUGCAAGGAUCAUGACAAUGGGUUGUUGAAUGGAGUACAUAGUGAGCAUAUAAAUGGCGGGUCCCUUGGUGGUAUAUGCAGCAACGGCAACAGCAAUGGCUUUCCCUACUGAAGAAGGGAAAGCCCGAAAGGGGAUGAGGGCGUCCUUUAAAGUUAGUGACAAUGCUUGAUCAGCAGAUUUUUGAUUUAGCUCCUUCCCGCAGUUAGUAUUUUUCGGUUUUAUCUGUACAGUUUGAUUAGAGUAAGCUCAGGUGUUUUAGCUCUCGGGAUUCUGCGUACUAACAGUGCUGAAUUUCGGUCUUUUAUUCGGGAUCGGCCUGUUGUAUUCGAAGGUUGCAUUGCUAUGUAACUUAAGAAGGGUUGAGGUUUUUCUUCUUUCCUACUUUUUUUUUUCCGGGUCGAUCGUAUUCAUACCCUCCUCUGUACACUGAAACUGGAACUGGUGUGUUUUCUAUCACUGCCUAUUGGGUAUCUUAUCUUAAAAAGUGAAUGCCUGCUUUUUGCAUUGUACAACUUACUUACAAGAGGCAAGAUGUUAGACUGGCUUUCAUGGCA